AGACUUAACACGAUGUUUCGUUAGCAAUGUCACAUGAGGGAAAGUCAGGUAAGCGGAAGUUAACACAGAAUAAGACAAAGAAGAACGCAUCACCAGCCCUACCAGGCCCGAUGCCAGAACCGGCCGAAAACGAAGCCUCCACCAUGGCUGGGACUAAUGUCAACCUCGAGGCUUACAUUUGGCAAGAAAAUGUUGAAGCGGGUUUGGUUGUGAUGAACGUGAAAUGGCGCGGUAAGACGUACUGUGGAGCGUUUAUCGACAUAGAGAAACACAACUGGCAACCUCCCAGGCUGGGAGAAGCGGCGCCCGCCGAGGCGGACCACUUCACUCGCGGUCGCAACAAACGCAGUCUCAACAGCGAGAGCGAGAAGGGCGACGAGGAGACGUCCAGUAAGCGUGGUAGGAACAAAGGCAAGAAGAAACGUGGUCCUACCGCUCAGAUAAAAAAGGUGAAGAAGGGCGGAAGUGAGCCGUCUGCCAGCGAUCAAGUGCCUGCUCCAGUCCCAUCUCCCAGUCCCAGUGCAACCUCCAACGAUGAUAAGACCCCCACCGAAGAAAAAACCGAGACUCAGCCGGAGAAAGCAGAGGAACCGGUGAAGGUAGAAAAGAAGGAAGAGGAGGACACAGCACAAGUGCCAAUACCAGCUGCGCCGAACAGUUCUGUGCCGACACCAACCACACCUGCCAGUACCCCGACUACCCUACCUGCCGCCACCGCCCUCACCCCGACUUCCUUUAGAGAGGAGUCAGAUAACAAGGUACCAGAGAAAGAGGAGAACACUACCCAGUCUGUUAUCAACAGCUACAGCCCUCAUUCAAAGAAAGUUAAGAAUGCCAACAAGCUGACGCCCAUUCCCAAGGAAAUGUACGGGCCGGAAUCAGUAAUCAGAACCUACACAUCUCCCCUAAACAUGCCGCCUAUUAAACCUUUCAUUAACGCCAGUCCCCGAAGUCUAGGAGGUUAUGUUGUGUCCAGCCAGGAAAUGAUGGGUCCCGGUGACAUCAGCGCUUCAAAGCCUCAGGUCAUUGUCAAGCCAGAGCGCCGUGACUUGCAGUGGAGCAAGCACGCCAACCUCCCAGUUCUCAAGCCACAACCUCACUUCACUUCUCAUGAGAAUAACCAGACUCAGAACACAAUGAUACCCCAACAUGCCCUGGCAAGUAUGAAUCAGCAGCUGUUCAAGGAGCAACAGCAACAACUCCAGCAGCAACACCAUCAGCAACAACAGCAGCAGCAACAGCAGCAACAACAGCAGCAUCAUCUUCAGCAGCAAUUAAAGAAAAAUGAACUUUUUUCAUUCAAACCAAACGAACAAUUCGGACACGCGUUUAAGAACGCCUCCUUGUUUUCCAAACCAAAUAUGCCAAAUAUUUCUAGUGCUAAUGCCAACGAAUACACGAAUGCCUUUGCUGCAAACCUGCAGAGACAUUUCUAUUCUCAGAAUCAGGGCGAGAAGCCUGAAAUGCUCGGCCCAGACCAUCGGCCCAGCCAAGAAGCGGCACACAGCCUCCUCCAACUUGCUCGACCUUCCUUCAAGGGUGGGAACCCAGCCCUCGACCAGUUACAGUACUACAGCAGAAUGAACAAUAUGCCAGUGAUAAGCUCGACUACCGGGGGUCAACCACCCACCUUCCCACCUCCAAGGUUUUCCACUGACAGUAAGGAGGAACUAGCAAAGCUCAUGUCCUUUCCUCCAGUAGGCACAAAGUUUCCCAUACCUCAAGUCGGCAAGUUUAGAUAAAGAGAAAUGAUUUUUAAUUUGUAAUAACGGUUUAUACGUAAG